AUGGCAUCGUCUGUACCAGCUGCUAUGACAUUUUUUGGCGUAAUUCAAAGAAUUUAUACAAUGUUCAGUGCUUCUACUGAAAGAUGGACUAUUCUUUUAAAAUACGUUUCAGACUUUACUUUAAAACCAAUGUCAGAUACCAGGUGGGAGUCUCGGGUUGAAUCGAUUAAACCUAUUCGUUUUCAAUUAGGCCAAGUACACGAUGCUUUAGUAGAAGUCAGUGAGUUAACAAAGGAUCCUAAGAUAAAAAGUGAGAGUUUGUCUUUGGCAAAUUAUGAUUAUUCUUAUGAUUUUAUUUUAAGUGUUGUUAUUUGGUAUGAACUGCUAUCUGCUAUUAAUAAAGUUAGUAAGAGUCUUCAGAGUGAAGCUAUGGAACUGAGUAAUGCUGUUCAAUUAUUAAGUGGUCUUAAAGAUUUUUUUAAUAAUUUUAGAGAAAAGGGGUUUGAGUUAUCAAAAAAAACUGCACAACAAUUAUGUGAAGAUAUUGGAACUCAACCAAUUUUUAAACAAUCUAGAGUUCUAAAAAAAAGUAAGCAGUUUGAUUAUGAAUGUAAUGAUACACGAACAGUUUCUAACGAACAAAAAUUUUAUCAAGAUUAUUUUUUGGCAUUGGUAGAUCAAGCAAUUGUAUCAAUUAAUCAACGAUUCGAGCAAUUAUCUGAACAAUCAGAAAACUUUGGAUUUUUAUAUAAUAUUGAAAAUUUGAAGUUAUUUGAAGAUGAAACAUUACGAAAGCAUUGCAUGGAUUUAGAAAUAUUAUUAAAGGACGGUGAAAAUUGCGAUAUAAAUGGAAUUGAACUUUUUGACGAGUUAAAAAUAUUUUGUAGAAUUUUGAACAAACAAAAAACCAGUAUCGAGUGUCUUGAUUAA